GCCUCCGCUUUGGAAUCGGUUCUCGCUGUUCUCGAAGGCCUCUAUUUACUAGUUCAAGUCGCACAUUGUGAGGUCCUCGAGUACUCUCGUGAGGCUAUCGGUGGGAAGAAGAACGCCAAAGGUCUUUUCUUGGUCUCGUACGUGAGACUUCCAAAUACGCCUUUCGAUAUUUGUCUGGGCCUCGACCUCGACGACAGGACAGUUUCCGCCAUACCGUCAUCUUGACCUACAUAUCAUACCACCAUCUCCUCAGGGCUUGAGGAUUUCAGCCUCCCAUUCAUAUUUCCCUUACUCGCCCUCUGAGCGACAUUCACGCACGCACACGCUCUCUCGCUUGUCCUUGGGCUGGUUGUGUUCUACUGGGGCACGGCACGUCUAUUUUGCUGUAUUGAUAUCGACACCAAUCUCCACGUAGACGGGUCAUCAUAUACCAGUAGCACCCGAUGCAGGUUCCAUUUGUCCAGGUAACCGACCUUCCCACGGCGGCCUCGUUCUACGCCGCGGUGACUCAACCACUCGGCUUGCGAUAUUUAUCUGCCGCCGGGUCGUCGAUUGUCUUUGGCGACAUAGAUUCAUCCAAUCCAGUUUUCGAGGUGAAGAAGAGCAGCGGCCUCGACCUUCAAGCACCGCAGCCUUGUCGCCUAGUUCUCAAGGCAAAAUCAUCUUCGGCCGUGUCAUCUUUCCACGCUGCUGCUGUGAGAGCAAACCCCGACGCAACCACCAAUUAUCUCCACGUACACGACAAGCCGGGUACGAGCGGCGAGAGUCUCGCCAGGAUUGAAGAUUGCGACGGGAACGUGAUGGAGGUUGUUCAUCACGGGUAUCCCGAUGCCAAUGGCUCCGCGCUGCGCCGUAAUCUACCCACUGGCCAAGAACUUAGCCGCGCUGUCGACUGGGAUGUGGAAUCGGCUUCUUCGGCCCCUUCGCGAACCGUCGCAGGAUCCACCGCGAGUAGCCGCGUCGUGGACAGUGACCCAUUCAGCUUUCUGAGGGGGAGUGCGGCCACACCUUCAAGCACCGAGUCGUCACGUGGCGACGAGUCGAAGGGAUUCAGCGCCAGUGCCGUCGUUGGAACCGUCCUGGGCGUAGCGGUCGGCGCUGCCGUCGGCGGUGCGCUAACUUACACUAUGAUGAAGGGCGACCGCGAGCGCGUCGCUUACCAAGAAUAUGAGACGCCGCCCGCAUUCUCGCGGCGGGCGACAUUUCCGGACCCGCAGCCGGAUAGCCGACCGAGGUAUGUAGACGAGAGGGCGUCCGGAAGGCCUCCGCCGUACCCGCCGUCGAGUUCCGGUUAUUCUCAGGCCAGUGGUAGGCACAGGACGGUUGAGGAGUUGGACGAUCGGUCCAGUCGCUAUUCCAGCCAUUACACUACUGGCAGCAGGUCACGAGGCCACAGUGAAGCAUCUUCGACGAGGCGACCUCUCAUGAUUGCAAAUGCGGAACGUGGAAGCGUCGCCAGCUCCAAGUAUAGCGAGGCACCCAGGUCACUGGCGGACUCGGAGCAGCGCAGCCACGCCGGGUCCAGGCACUCGUCGAGGCGAUCGCCCGAUUCCGAGUACCGCAGCUACAGCAGUUCGAAAAAGGCACCAUCGCGGCCUCGCGAGGCCGAUGCGGAGACAUACGUCUCAGCUCGGAGCGAGAAGUCCACUAGCACGAUCAGGCCUGGCAAGGCCGACGCAAUCCCUCGCUCGCGGGCACCCUCCAAAGCGAGUAGCCAAUACUCGUCCGCUACUAUCAAGGCGCCGACGGUCCAUCGGACGCAGAGCCAUGUUUCCGCCAAGAAUGUUCCGCAGCCGGAAAGCACCGUGGGAAGCGAGUCGGUCUGGGACGACGACGACGGCAGCGUCGCGCCGAGCGACAGUAUUAGCAACGUCGGGGUGCGCCCGAGCAAACGGACGAAUCGUGUAUGAAUAGCUUGUAUUCCAGAUAGACUACGGGUCUUGGAUCCUUGAUAGGUUAGGUAGGGGCUAGCUGAUUCCCCUCCGCCUUUCUUCGUGCCGUACGGUUUCUAGAACCGUGGCCGCCUCCUUAUACGGGAAAGAAAAGAGGGAGGGGGCGUAUACCGACGACGACAACAUCGUUGCCGCCCAGAAAGCGAAGCAUAGACACGGCCGAUCUUCUCAGGGGUUCGUGGUCGAGACGACUUGUCUAGAGAGAACAGACUGAAAGAGUUAGUCGGCGAGGGGACGCAUUAAGGGAAAUAAAUAUCCGGGAUCAGGCUUUUGUUUGGCUGAAUGGCGACGACAGACAUGCGCGAAGUGAGGCAACCUCCAAUAAUGAAUU